CCGUUUAAACUGUGACAAGUAUAUGAUUAAAAAAUUUGAAGAUGAAAACUGUUCCAUCAAAGAAAGAGUGAAGAACUUGCGAUCGUUAGUAUCCACACGAUUAAAAUUCUGGCAUAAUUGGUUGAUCAUUGUAGACAACGUGGUACAGCUCAGCGAAAUUUCUUCAUUACUUCCCCAAGUUGGUGAUCCCAUGUGGAGAAAUGGACAAAUCUUAGUAACUAUCCAGAACACAGAUGCCGUACCUCAAGACGAUGGGUUUAAUAAACAUAUUUCUGUCAGAAGUGGAAUGAAUGAUAGGGAAUGUUUUCAACUGUUGAAGCAUUACACUAUUGAACAUGCUGAUGAUCAAUUGUUAAAUGAAGUAUCGCAUGCAUUAGAUCGUCAACCGCUGGCUUUGGCUGCUGCUGGUUAUUAUGUCAGUCGUGUGAACAAAGCAAACUGCUCAUUUACUUGGAGUCAAUAUUUAAAGAAAAUAUCUUCAGAAGAAGAAGAAAACAUGGACGCCACUUUUGUUAGAUUUAACUCAGUAUAUCCUAGAAGUAUGUUACAAGCUUCACUUUUAGCUGUCAGACAAAAUGCUGAAGAAUCCUCAAUAUUGGCCAAUGUUAUUAACUUUUUUUCUUUGAUAUCGUUUGAUCCUAUACCACGAGACAUUAUUGUUUUUUAUGUUCAAGAAAUUGAUCCAAAACACUCAAAAGAAGAUAUAUGUAUUUCUUUAAAGCACUGCUCAUUGUUCUUGCAUUCAGAAAAUGAUGACAUUAGUCUACAUCGCAUUGUUCACAAAGCAAUUACUGUUUAUCAAUUUGAACAUUCAAACGAAGAACAUGAAAUAGAAAGAGACGUUGAUCAAAUAUCAAAAGCACUUUACUUGUUUAAAGAGAGAGACGACGAAAGCAAAUUGAUGCCACAUCUUGAAAAAUUUCUUCAAUUGUUAAGGACCAACGAGACAAAAACCAGCAUGAAUACUUUCCAAGUUUUCCAAUAUUUUGUUGACAGAUUAAGACAUUUUGGAGAAUACGAUCUUGCUCUUGAACUAUUGGAUAAAUUUAAAUCAGAAGAAUCUAGUAAUGACAAAGCUUGGUAUUUUAGUGUCCUCGGUCUUUUAUACCAUGACACCGGGAAGUAUAGCGAAGCUAAAAAUCAUCAUGAAAAUGCUCUGGAAAUUCGAAAACAAUCUUUAGGUCCAAAUCAUGUUGAUGUCGCUGCGUCUUUACACAAUAUUGGUAUGGUAUUUCAUGAAACUGGAAACUACGACAAAGCUAUAGAGUUUUACGAAAAAGCUCUGGCAAUUAGAAAACAAUCGUUAGGUCGAAAUCAAGUAGAGGUUCCUCGGUCUUUAAGCAGUCUUGGUAAUGUGCUUGAAAAAACUGGAAAUUACGACAAGGCUAUAGAGUUUCACGAAAAAGCUCUGGAAAUUCAAAAACAAUCGUUAGGUCCAAAUCAUAUUGAUGUUGCUGCAUCAUUAAACAAUAUCGGUUUGCUUUAUGAUAAAACAGGAAAACACCAUAAAGCUAUAAAGUUUUUUGAAAAAUCUCUGGAAGUUCGAAAACUGAAUGUGCUAGGUGAAGACCAUACACAUGUCACUGCGUCUUCGAGCAUGUUUCGUACGAUUUACGAAGAAAAUGAAAAAUAUGAGUCUGUAAAAUCUCAGAGCAAAUUUCCAGUUCCAGGUCAUGCUCAUGUGUCUUUGUCAUCAAAAGAUUUUGAAAUCACAAGUGGUGAUGAUGCUAAUGCUAAAGAUGUCGGAAAUUCUCCUGGUGUUAGAAAUACAAAACAAGAAUUGGUUGAACAAGAGUGGAAAUACAUUGAUGAAUCAACGAAACAUAAAGAAUUGUUUUUAAAAUUGAUUGAACAUGGACGGAACCCCAGAGUUGAGGUUAAAGUGGUGGGCAAUGUACGAGUAAUUUUCUCAAAAGAGUUUUGCAUUGGCGAAGGAAGUGGUGCAACCCGUGUUUAUCUUGGACUGGGUAAGGAUGGUUACGGUAAAGCAGUGAAACGAAUAAAUCAAGAUAGCUACAUCCUUCUUGCACAACAAGAAAAGAAAAUUUUGAAUAAAUUCAACGCAAGAAAGUCGAAAUAUGUUGUGAAUUAUUCUUUCUUAGAGGAAGAGACUGGGAAAGAAUAUGUAUAUUUGAUAUUAGACUUAUGUGAAGAAUCAUUGAAGAGUUUCGUAGAAUCUUCUACUUUACAUGAUCUUCAAAAAGCUCUUCCCAAAAUUCUCAGACAAAUUUUGCAAGGAUUAGCUGAUCUUCACAGUGGCCCAAAUCCUAUUCUUCAUCGGGACUUAAAGCCCGCCAAUGUUCUCCGAGACACACAGGACAACUUUCUUAUAGCUGACUUUGGCAUUAGUCGAAUAUUAGAAAAUGAUUCUACGACAUAUAAAAGCAGUCCUAACAUGGGAACUGAGUAUUGGAUUGCUCCUGAAUCAUAUUGUGAAGAUGAAGAUACAUUUCAUACGGGACGGUACAAGAAACAAUCUGAUGUAUAUAAUGCAGGAAUGGUAGCUUAUUAUAUUGCAACAAAAGGAAAACACCCUUUUGGAACGAAACGGCUUAGAUUGGACAAUAUGUUAAAAGGAAACCCUGUUGGUUUGGAUGAAAUCGAGGAUGAAACUCUAAAGGACCUUCUGUCGUGGAUGUUAAAUAUGAAACCUGAAAACAGACCAUCGGCUACCGUGGCGUUAAAACAUCCAUUUCUUUUGUCGGAUGACGAGAAAUUUGACUUAUUAUGUAAAGUUGGAAAUCUUCCGCAGAUUAAGACAAAUGAUCCCCUGUGUAGUGUCGUUCAACAAUUGAAUAGUGAAUCCUCAGAUUGGAGAAGCCAAAUGGAUAGUGAUGUUUAUGAUUAUUUGGUGAAUAAAAGGACCUAUAAAUCUUCAUGGACAGAAUGCUUAAGACUCAUUCGAAGAAUUGACCAACAUUGGAACGAUCGACCACGACCUCUACCACAACCAGAACCAUUUUAUAAGAUUGGCGAUUACAGGGCAUAUUUUCUCCGAACAUUUCCUACUCUCCCUGUUCGGGUCCAUGCUGCUGUCAGGUCAAAUAAAGAAUUGAAAAACAAACCAGAACUUAAGAACUUUUUUAAUUUUAAUGAAAGCGAACUACAUCAAUAAACAAUUUAGACACAACAGAACCUGUUAGGGGUGAAAAAAGUAGAUAUUAAGAAAUCAUUGAUACUGUAGAGAUCUUAUUUUACAGAUAUAAAGAAAACAGUUUCCACGGCGUAUUUAGAUGAUUUUUCACCCCGUUUCUGGUGAAUGUAUAGCCUGUGGUAUUCAUUGAUACAAUGUAUAUAUUUAAUUUUUACUGUAAAUUGUUUUGGAAAAAGACUGAAGUUGAACAUGACAUUAAAAGUUAACUUUUAUA